ACAAUAUAUUCCUUCAUUUAGCAUUAGAAAAAGAUAUAUUUUCUUGUAUAUUGGUGAAUCAUUUGUGGAAUCAAUUAGCAACAGAAAGAUUAUGGUAUAGAUUUCGUGGUUUGAAGAAUGAUUUGCGAACAAAUUCAUUUUCAAGAUUUUAUGUUACACUUUCAUCAUCAAAAAGUAUGCAUCAAUAUGGCAGAUAUGUUAGAGUUUUAGAUUUAUCUCAACUAGAAGUUGAACAUAAUAGACUAUUAAGUGUUUUAGAGUGUUGUAACAGAUUAGAGGUAUUGAUAUUAGGUAAUCAAGAGUUGAAGAAAAAAACAAUCAAUGAAAUUUGUUCAAGGUCAAAAUACCUAAGAACUUUUAAAUUAAUAGAUAUUGAAAUAAAAGAACCUGAUGUAAUGGCUGCUUUAGGGAAAUAUUGUCAUAAUUUAGAAGAGUUGUCAUUGAAAAAGGAGAUAGCAUGUUCUGGUGAGAUUUUAUUGUCAAUUGUCAAAAAUUGUCCAAAAUUAUUUAAAUUAGAGAUAGAAGGAAAAGAUUAUAAUAAUCAGACAUUAUACAAAAUAUUGGAAAAUUGUCCAAAUAUUUUGACACUGAAUAUAAAUCAAUGCAUGAAUAUAACAGAUGAGUUGUUAAUAGCAACUUACAAAUUAUGUACAAAUUUAAAGAAGUUAUCAUUUAAAAAGAUUUUUGAAAUUACUGAAAAUUUUGUGAUUUCAACUCUGAAUCACUUUCCUAGAACCUCAACAAUAGUAAUUUCUAAUAUUGAUAGAAUGUUCCAAAGCAGCAUUGAAGUUGAUGGGGAAAAAAUAUUUUUAGUUGCAAAUUUGUGUGAUGUUGAUAUUCAUAGAAUCAUUGAUUUUUAUAGCAUUAAAGAAGAUGGAUUACAAGAAUUGACUUUUAUUGAUGUUAAAUUGGAUAAAUCACUAUUGAAUUUUAUUUGCAUAGAAUUGAAUGGUUUAUUUGAUAUAAUGAAUGCCUUGGAAAACUUAAAAGAAUUGCAAAUAUUUACAGUGAAAUUUUCAUCAGUUGAUCAUGAAGCAUUUUUUGAAAAUGAUAAGGAACAACUUGUUAAAUAUUGCCCAAAAUUAAAGGCUAUAAAAUGGCAUUUUCAAAAAAUAUACAUCAAAGAUAAUAAUCAUGUAUUAAAAUAA